CCUUCAGGAAAGGUUGCAUCAGUUUUUUUGAGGAUGUUCAACUCCCUCAAGGUUGGGCUCUGAACAAAGCUCUGUACUCAGGAAACAAGCGAGCUGGCUCUGUUGUUGGAUCCCUGACCCUGUUCAUUCACGGACUUUCCUCCUCUUUCUGUGACUAUUGUCUUUAAAUGAAAGCUCUGUUUCUGCACCUGUGGGGAUCAUCACCACCAUGUCAGAACUUAUUUUGAACUGCUCUGCGAUGACCACAGCAAGGUACCGGCCCACUUGGGACCUGGCCCUUGACCCACUGGUGUCUUGUAAGCUCUGCCUUGGGGAGUAUCCAGUGGAGCAGAUGACGACUAUAGCCCAGUGCCAGUGCAUCUUCUGUACUCUGUGCCUGAAACAGUAUGUUGAGCUCUUGAUCAAAGAAGGAUUAGAAACUGCAAUUAGCUGCCCAGAUGCUGCCUGCCCUAAACAGGGCCACCUACAGGAGAAUGAGAUUGAGUGCAUGGUUGCGGCUGAAAUUAUGCAAAGAUAUAAAAAGCUACAAUUUGAAAGAGAGGUGCUCUUCGAUCCCUGUCGGACGUGGUGCCCGGCGUCCACCUGCCAGGCCGUGUGUCAGCUCCAGGAGGUGGGGCUGCAGCCCCCCCAGCCGGUGCAGUGCAAAGCCUGCCACAUGGAAUUCUGCUCCACCUGCAAAGCCAGCUGGCACCCUGGCCAGGGCUGCUCAGAAUCCAUGCCAAUCACCUUCCUCCCCGGGGAGACCAGUUCUGCUUUCAAAAUGGAAGAGGACGACGCACCCAUCAAGCGCUGCCCCAAGUGCAAGGUCUACAUAGAACGCGAUGAAGGGUGUGCACAGAUGAUGUGCAAAAACUGCAAGCAUGCCUUCUGCUGGUACUGCCUGGAGUCUCUGGAUGACGAUUUCCUCCUGAUACACUAUGAUAAGGGACCCUGCCGGAACAAGCUGGGCCACUCCCGGGCAUCUGUGAUCUGGCAUCGGACACAGGUCGUGGGCAUUUUCGCUGGAUUUGGGCUCCUGCUCUUGGUAGCCUCACCUUUCCUGCUCUUGGCCACUCCUUUUGUACUUUGCUGCAAGUGCAAAUGCAGUAAGGGUGAUGAUGACCCGUUACCCACCUAGAGGAAGACACGAUGCUGGAACAAGAUACCUGCCUCCAGGAAGCGUGGCUCUCCCCCACCCCACUCUGCCGCCCCCUCUCACUCAACAUCUUUCUUGCCUUAUGUGCCCCAUCAAGCUUCACAGUGUCAGGCUGGACGCCGUGAUUUCAGGGACUGAUGUCACAAUGUUUGCCAAGGCCCCAGGUGCAGUCCCCUAGGCAUGGGGAAGGCGAGGCAGGCAUGGGCAGGGCACAUCCCCACAGAUCAGCCUCUGUAGAUGACAGGGGGUUGCUGCAAGGAGCACACCAGGCAGUUUUCUCUCUGUGACCACAGACUUGGAAUGUCUGGCAGUGUCUUAAGAGACUUUCUCAUGCAGAACGUCGUCUCCUCCUUGGCUUCAAAAUGGCACCGUGUUGUUGAGAGAAAUCUUUUAAGGAUUACGACUCUCUUCAGACAGAAUUUGAUUAUUCCAACUUGAGAAAAGCACUCUGUUUGUGACAACUGUUUUUUAUUACUAAUGGUAUUUAGUAAAAUCCUUUUUAGAAGGCAUUUUUUUUUUCCAACUGAGUCGUGAAAAUCAACAAGGUGCAUAUAAACCAUCCUAUGCCUUUCUUGAAAUGUGCAUUUUAAGAAGUUAUAGUUAAAUGACUUUUCAGGAGAUUUAGAAAGCCUUAUGCACUCUUUGUGUUUUUCUUAAAACUUGCUGUAAUAACUUUUUGAAUGCUGUAAGCUAUGUACUGUUAUAACCACGGUUCCUGUAUCGUUGCAAUUCUUUGAAAAUAUUGAUAUGCUUAAACAAACA